UGCUGUCUGCCUCCUCUCCGGUGGUGUUUCCUCCCCGUCGCUGCAGUGCCUUGCUGCUCUCCCCUCUCUCUCUCUCUCUCUCUCUCUCUCUCUCUCUCUCUCUCUCUCUCUCUCUCUCUCUCUCUCUCUCUCUCUCUCUCUCUCUUUCUUUCUUUCUCGCUUUCGUACCCAGCGCCUCGCCUCUUCCUCCUCCGACUCCUCCACACCCUUCUCCUCCUCCCUGCGGAUGCCUCAGCCUCGCACCCCCGGCCCAGGAUCCCGGCAAAUGGUCGCUCCAUCCCCCUGCAACUCUGGACGCAGGACGCAGCGAAAAGGCGCACCGCUCCGUUGUGAUCUGAUCUGAGCAAACUGCGGAUUGACUUGACAGAGAGGCGGAUCAGGAGCAGAAGGGAAACGACGGGAAGCCGGACGCUGACAGUGGCCAGGAUCUCAUUUCGCGAUGCCAGUGCCAGAGCAGCCUGCGGAGCAGGAGAAGGGGGCCAUGGUGGCCCCUGUGAUGCCAGCCUCCAAUGGAGACAGAUCUGAGACAGAGACCACCUCCUCCAUCCUCGCCUCUGUCAAAGAGCAGGAGCUCCAGUUUGAGCGCUUGACCAGGGAACUUGAGGCUGAGCGUCAGAUUGUCGCCACCCAGCUGGAGAGAUGCAAGCUGGGAUCGGAUGCAGGCAGCAUGAGCAGCAUCAGUUCAGCAGAUGAGCAAUUUCGCUGGAACGCUCAAGCUGAUGGACAGAAGGAUAUCGAGGAUGAGCUGACCACUGGUUUGGAAUUGGUGGAUUCCUGCAUUCGGUCUCUCCAGGAAUCAGGGAUUCUUGACAGUGGAGAACGACCAGCUCUUCUUUCCCAGAGUUCCUUGCAGCUCAACUCCACCCCGGAGGCUUCGCUACAGUACUCUGCCAGCUACCAUAGCAACCAGACCCUCGCCCUUAGCGACAGCAUCUCCGCAGCAACUUCUCAGCGCAGCGGGCUGGUUGGAGGAGCCGUGCACAGCUACAACCAGGUGACAUCUAGUCGUGCAGCCCAGCAGCAACAAUCACAAACUGGGGCAGGGUCAGCAAUCUACUACUCCAGCUCCACAUUACCCACCCAGCGUGUCAGUUCCCCUCUGUCUGGAGGAGGAGGCGGCUCGGGAUCUGGUUCCCCAGGUAAACUCCAACGCCUGGGAUCAGCCUCUGACACACCGGGGUACGCUACAACUCAGCGCCUUCCUUCCUCCUCCUCUCCCAGCAAACAGUCUCCUGCCAAUCGACUGGCCAAGUCAUACAGCACCACAGUUGCUGUGACAACAGCAGGAGGGGGCGGGUCUCCCCUGAGGGUUGCAACCCCACCAAACUCUACAUUAGCAGGGGGAGGGGCCAGCUCAUCAUCGUCCCCUCUUCACCAGAUGAGUUCGGGCAUAGGGAGCUAUGCCACUCUGUCUCCCAAACGACUGGCAGCUCACCACGCUUCUGACCAGUACAAGAUCUCCCACGAGCUCUACGCUACUGCUACACUGCAGAGGCCUGGCAGCCUGGCAGGCUCUCGUGGCUCCUACAGUAGUCAGCACAGUCAGGAGCCCCUUCGGCCCUUGGGAUCCCCAGAGCACCACAUAGAUCCCAUCUAUGAAGAACGUGUCUACCACAACAAGGGCCCCAUGAGGAGCCUUAGCCAGAGCCAGGGACCGGACACGGGUCCCUAUCGCAACAACACCGACCUUACCCAGCGUGUCCAUGACCAGGUCCUAAGUUAUGUCCUCUGUCCCUACUUUUCAACCUUAGCUCCCUCCUCCCCUGGUGUCGACUCCGCCCCUUUGCAGCGCACAGGAAGUCACGGCGCGGGGACAGGAAACUACGGCCGUGGUGGCACCAACAACUACGCCACAGUUGGACCAGGCUACACCUCAAGUGGAGGAAGUGGAGAUGUGUAUGGCUCAGACCCCUAUGUGGCAGACCCUUACCGCACCCUGCAGUACUGCCCCUCUGUGGUGGAAUCGCCCUACAGCAAGUCUGGACCUGCCCUGCCGCCCGAAGGGAGCCUGCAGCGCUCACCUUCUAUUGACUCUAUUCAGAAAGACCCCAGAGAGUUUGGGUGGAGAGAUCCGGAGCUGCCAGAGGUGAUCCAGAUGUUACAGCACCAGUUCCCAUCGGUGCAGUCCAAUGCUGCAGCCUACCUACAGCAUCUUUGCUUCGGAGACAACAAGAUCAAAGCUGAGAUCCGCAGACAGGGAGGCAUCCAGCUGCUGGUGGACCUGCUGGACCACAGGAUGAGCGAGGUUCACCGUAGCGCCUGCGGAGCCCUGAGGAACCUGGUGUACGGCAAGGCCAACGAUGAGAACAAAGUGGCCUUGAAAAAUUGUGGGGGGAUUCCUGCAUUGGUCCGCCUGCUGAGGAAGACUGGAGAUGUGGAAAUCAGAGAGCUUGUCACAGGUGUGCUAUGGAACCUGUCUUCAUGUGAUGCUCUGAAGAUGCCAAUCAUCCAGGACGCCCUGGCCGUUCUGACCAAUAGUGUCAUCAUACCCCACUCUAACUGGGACUCCUCCCCCAAUCACCAUGACGACCGCAAGCUCCAUCUGCAUACCUCCCAGGUGCUGCGCAAUGCUACAGGCUGCCUCAGGAAUGUAAGCUCCGCAGGUGAGGAGGCAAGAAGAAGGAUGAGGGAGUGUGACGGCCUGACAGAUGCUCUGCUCUACGUCAUCCAAACCUCUCUGGGGAGCAGCGAGAUAGACAGCAAGACUGUAGAGAACUGUGUUUGCAUCCUGAGGAACCUGUCGUACCGCUUGGCUGCCGAGACAUCCCACGGCCAGCAGGUGGGGCUGGAGGAGCUGGAUGGCCUGCUCUGUGACGCCAACGGCCGCGACGGAGAGAGCUCCGGCUGCUGGGGCAAGAAGAAGAAGAAAAAGAAGGGAGCCGAUCAGUGGGAUGGCGUGGGCCCCUUUCCGGACACGGCGGAGGCCCCCAAAGGGGUUCAGAUGUUGUGGCACCCCACCAUCGUCAAGCCCUACCUCACCCUGCUGUCUGAAUGCUCCAAUCCAGACACACUGGAGGGAGCAGCUGGCGCUCUGCAGAACCUGGCUGCAGGAAGCUGGAAGUGGUCGGUGUACAUCCGGGCAGCAGUGCGUAAGGAGAAAGGCCUUCCUAUCCUGGUGGAGUUACUGAGGAUAGACAACGACAAGGUGGUGUGUGCCGUGGCGACCGCUCUCAGAAACAUGGCCCUGGACAUCAGGAACAAGGAGCUCAUUGGUAAAUAUGCCAUGAGAGAUUUGAUCCAUCGGUUACCGGGCAGCAGCAGUAGCAGCAGCAACAACAACGCCACCAGCAGUGGGACCUCCGGGACCACAGGCCCUCCCAGCAAGGCUAUGUCAGACGAUACUGUUACUGCCAUUUGCUGCGCAUUGCACGAAGUCAUUACCAAGAACAUGGAGAACGCCAAAGCCCUGCGUGAUGCUGGAGGCAUAGAAAAACUCAUCGGCAUUGCCCGCAGCAAAGGAGACAAACAUUCAGCAAAGGUGGUCAAAGCAGCCUCUCAGGUCCUCAGCAGUAUGUGGCAGUACAGAGACCUGCGCUCCCUCUACAAGAAGGAUGGCUACUCCCAGUAUCACUUUGUGGGCUCUGCCUCAACGAUAGAGAGAGACAGACAGAGGCCCUACUCAUCCUCACGAACUCCCUCCGUCUCCCCUGUCAGGACGUCCCCAAAUAACCGCUCUGCGAGCGCUCCAGCCUCCCCCAGAGAGAUGAUGAGUCUGAAGGAACGCAAGAUGGACUACGAUUCCACGGCAACCAACGCUGGUUUCCAUAGCAACAAAGGAGAGCACACAUCCCGAAAAGACGGCAUGGCAGUUCAAGUAUCCUGCGGGACAUCUACGUUGUUCCGAAACUCUUACCUGACCUCCAGUGAUGACAUUAAGCUAAACCAGGCUCCAGCCCAGCCCUGCAUUGUGCCCCCCCAGCCCCUGCAGGACAGCCCAUCAGCAGCGGUGCUAAAAGACUACGAUCCCUAUCCUCCCCCUCCUUCCUUCCCCCAGCCUCAGCCGCCGCAGCCUCCACCUCACAGCCAGAGCCGGAGCUUCAGUGAGGUCUACUACGAGGACCAGGGACCUCCACCUCCUCCAUCCCAGCCACAGCCACAGGUCCAGGCUCAAGCCCAACCUCAGGCCCAACCCCAGCAGCCUCCGAGCUCCUCCGGUCCGCCUCGAGACCCGCGAGAGGACCUGCGCAUGCAUCUGGGCCUCAAAUCUACCGGCAACUACGUAGACUUCUACUCGGCCUCUCGGCCAUACAGCGAACUGAACUACGAGACCAGCCACUACCCGGCCUCGCCCGACUCCUGGGUCUAGUUAGACUAUGAUGAUGGGGGGGGGCAAGAGAGAGUCCGUGUGUGAAAGGGUUUAUUUUUGCAAGCGAUCAACAGCAGAUUAACACAAGGUAACAACAAGUGGCAUGUUGGAUAUUGUAGCCAAUGGCGAGACAGUUUUGUUCUCUAAAAUAAAGGGGAAGACAGAGCUAGAUGGGGUUAAGGUAUGAGGUCAGGUCGAGUGACUGAGAGAGACUGUGCAUGCGCAUGCGGACAUUUUUCAUUUUAUUUCCAGACCACUUUAUUUCUUCAAAGUCAGCUCCAUUGCACCGGUGAGUGGAUAAGGGGGAGUAGAUAUGAAGAAGUGUGUUUGAAGGGGUGAGAAAGGAGUGGGAGAGUAUAGAAAUAAAGAGUAAAGAGAAAAUGAGCAGGCGGAGAGAGUACGCAGAGAGCAAGAGAAGAGGAGCGAGAUGGGAUCAAGAAAUAAUGGGGAGCAGAUUAGGGUGAGCUCUUAUACGUCUGUAGGAGCAGGAAGUGGACCGACCUUUUGUUGAAGACAGAAAGGACGGGACGAGAGACAAAAGAUGGCAUGAGGGUUCUUAAGGAGAUCAGAAGGAAUAAAAGCACAGAAAAGAUGAAAGCACAUCAGGCACAAGGCAAGAAAUAGAAGUUUACCAUUUCACCCAAGUCACAAAAGUAGCACUGCUUUUAUUUGCCCCCUUUUUGUUGCUAUGGCCUUGCCGCCUACGUAGGCUUCUGAAUUUGUUUAAAGGAAUUUUUUCAUCAAUAGACUUUUUUUUUCAUUACUCUUUUACAUCUUUUUUUUUUUUAUCUGUGAUUUUGUACAUUUUCACUAUCACAAAAUCAUUUUUAUUUUCUGUGUACAGUCCAAAAGCGAUAAAGUGUGUAUAUUACACAUGUUUUUGUUGUGGCCAAUUGUGAAAUUAUGACUAUGAUUGAUUGAUUGAUUGAUGAAUCAGAAUUUUUUUCAUGACUGAAACAAGAAAAAAGCAACAAAAAUAGGUUAAAUGCAAACACAAGAAGCAGGAAAGACAGACAUCGCCAUGAUGGAUGUCAGUGGACACCUUUUGUUUUGCCCUUCUCCAAGCCACAGAGGAAACCCCACAGUGUUUGUGUUUUUCUCUCUCCAUCAAAUGGAUUUUUUUGUGGACAUGCUCCAACGUCAAGAGCAGUUCAAGGAUGCCAGAGCAUCGGAUUGGCAGAACAGCAUCGCUCCCAAGUCCCUGUCAACGAAAGUGCUUUUUCACUGCCUAAAGAAUAUACGUGUAUGUUUAAAGCACACUCCCUGUCUUUGGAAAGGGUUGUCUUUUCCUUUUGGGGAGCUGAUAUGUUUGACCAUGUCAACUUUCAGUGGUUUCUCAUCAUCACUUGUGCAUAAAAACUGGUCCGUCUGACAAGAGUCGCCAUGGAUAUUGCACAGUUCAGUGUACAGUUGAGAGAAAGCGAGAGACAUGACAUUGUGCCAAACUUUGACACCUCGUGGACCAGUCCUAAAGGACUUUAAAGGGACAUUCUGUCGAAGUUUACAGACGAUGACUGAAUGACUCCCUCUGCUGUUUGUAACUUUUAUUUUUUUCGUGUUUUGAUCAGGUGAUGCCGUACUUAUUACUGGGGAUCAUGAGUAACAUCUCCCUCCCAUAGAUGUACAGACCUGCCUCUCUGUGUUGGCUGACCGUGUGUGUGUGUGUGUGUGUGUGUGUGUGUGUGUGUGUGCGUGCGCAGGUGCCUGUGUGUGUGUGUGUGUGUGUGUGUGUGUGUUUUGUGUGUGUGUGUGUGUUUACGCGGGUGUAUGCACGUUUGUGUACGUUUGUGCGCGUUUGUGUACGUGUGCAUGUAUGCGACAGAAUGUGCGGCCCUUGUGUGUGUAGACGUAAAAUUGAGCGAGCGUACCUAUGCAUGCAUGUGUGUAGUAGUGUGUAUGUGCCCUCUGUUGCGUGUAUGUGCGUGCGCGUUCCUGUAUAAAUCAAUGUCCAAACAAGGCAUUCCUACCGACAGUUUGUCCAGUUUUACAACAUGAAAAACCAAGGUAAAAAUCACUAGAAUGAAUUGUUGAUAUAGAAUGACAAAUCUAUGAAUAUAUGAAUACAAAUAUAAAUAUAUAAAAUUUUUAUGUGCAGAUGUCAGUGUCACUAAAUGCAACAAAUGUUCGCAGAGAAAAAAUGAUUAUGUGGUGUACAACAGGACUCUUGUUCACUUGACCUAAACGUGGAAGCUGCUGAUCGCCCCCCCCCCCCCCCAAAAAAAGAAAAUCGAGACAAAAGAGAAAUCCCACCUGAAGAUGCUCAGGCUCUGGUGCGAGUUGUGUGUUAUUGUUUGUCCAUGCUUCUUAGAUGACCCUGCUGAGAGAGGACCGUACUUGAACACAAGGGGAAAUAAAAACGACUCUUUGCAAUCAAA